AUGGAUUUCUUCAAAGUUCGAAAGUUCAUAAAAGCCCGCAAACCAAACCCAGAUAAUGAUUUGGAGGAUAAGCCUGUUCCACAGCCAGAAGAGCCAGGGAAUGGGAAUGGGAAUGGUGAUGAUUUGGGCAAGUCGGUGAAUGUUGACAAUGCAACUGAAGCUGAGGAUGAUGAUGAUGAUUUUAUCACAAAUGAGGUGAAGAGGAGGCUGAAAGAACUGAGAAGAAACAGUUUUAUGGUGUUGAUACCCGAAGAAUCGUGCCCAGAAGAUGAGGAAGAAGAAGAGGAGGGUGAGACUAGCUCAAGCGAGUGGAGGGAUGUAGAAGCGGAAGGUCGACAGUUUUGGUCUGGAUUUGAUGCUGUGUAUGACAAAUACAGUGAACGGAUGCUAUUCUUUGAUCGACUGAGUGCUCAUCGACUGAAUGAAGUUGGCUCCCAUAUUCCUUCAACUCCAUCACCAAAAUCUGCGUCUAAGAAGCUUACAUCCACUCUUCGAUGUCUGUCUUUGAAAAAAAUUGAAGAACCUGAAGAUGAAAAUGAGUACCUUCAGCAGCCAGCAAAUGAUCUAUGCCAUGAUCUUGAAACGGCAUAUGUGGCUCAACUGUGCUUGACUUGGGAAGCCCUUCAUUGCCAAUACACACAAUUGAACCAGAAAAUUUCAUGCCAACCAGAAAAUCUCACCUGUUAUAACCACAGUGCUCAACAGUUUCAGCAGUUCCAGGUUUUGUUGCAAAGGUUUAUUGAAAAUGAACCGUUUGAGCAGGGUCUCAGGGCAGAAGUUUAUUCUCGAACAAGAAAUUCAUUGCCUAAACUGCUCCAGGUUCCAAAUGUCAAAGGUUCGGAUAAGAAAGAGACGGAAGAAGAGGAGUCUGAUAAGCUGGUACUGGCCCCUGAUCUACUCAGCAUAAUUGAGGGCUCAAUCCUGACUUUCCAUAUUUUCAUGAAGAUGGAUAAGAAAAAAUCUGGUGGUGUUCGUUGUCUAUUUGGAAGUCAAAACCCGAUGGGAACUCCUCUUCAGCAGAUUCAAUCUUCUCUUGAGAAGAAAGCAAUGAAAUUGAAAGAUCUGCGAAAAAGGAGCAAGGGUUGGAAAGAGAAAUCAUGGCCUGCUACACAAGAGGAAUCGGUGCUCUUGCUUGGCCUAAUUGAUGUCAAAGUCUUGUCGAGGGUUCUGAGAAUGGGGAGGAUUAGUAAGGAGCAGUUGUUUUGGUGCGAGGAAAAGAUGAAGAAACUAGAUUUCACUGAUGGCAUGCUGCAGAGAGACUCCUCUCCCAUCCUGUUUCCUUGUUAA